GGGCUUCCAGUUUAUGAUCAGACCGCUGGAAUGUUAUCUGAAAUGUUUAGUUUCCCACCCGGCACGUCAUCGGAGUUGUUGGAGGCCCAAUUCAACCCGAAUUACAGACACCCGAACCCGAAGAUUCCUCCUCCCGCCGGCAUGGGAAACGAGUGGUUCGGGAACCGACAAGGAAUGGUAGUACCAUUGGGAUAUGCAAAAAAUCAUAACAAUCAGAUAUCAAGUGCUGGUAUUAAUGCGGCGGAGUCCAUGCAACUUUUUCUUAUGAAUCCACAGCCAAGGUCACCUUCACCUUCUCCUUCUCAUCCUCCUCCUCCUCCUUCAACUAAUUCUUCUACUCUUCACAUGUUGUUACCAAAUCCAUCAUCUACUUCAACUAUAGAAGGGUUUCCCAAUCCAGCUGAAGGAUCUUUUGGUCAAUUCACAUGGGGUAAUAAUGGAGGUGCAAGUGCCAGUCUCAAUACCCCUAAUGAAAUCGGAGCUGGAGUAAAUCAUGUUGUAGAAAGCCAAGGCCUUUCUUUAUCUUUAUCAUCUUCAUUACAGCACAAGGUCGAGGAAUUAAGGAUGGGCGAAGAAAGUGGAAUGUUAUUUUUCAAUCAAGGAGGAGGAGGGUCUACUACUUCUGGACAAUUUCGAUACAAGAAUUUGAAUAUUGGUAACAGUGGAGUAGUAGGCCAAAACAUUCAUCAACAAGUCCAUGUUGGGUAUGGCUCUUCUUUAGGAGUGGUGAAUGUGUUGAGAAAUUCCAAGUAUGCUAAAGCAGCCCAAGAACUACUGGAAGAAUUUUGCAGUGUUGGGAGGGGUAAAUUCAAGAAGAAUAACAAAGCAACAGCCGCUAACCCUAAUUCUAAUAACCCUAGUGGCGGCACUAAUGGUGGCGGCGGUAACAAUAAUACUUCAUCGUCUUCAUCAAAGGAUCUGCCUCCUUUGUCAGCUGCUGAUAGGAUUGAACAUCAGAGAAGGAAGGUCAAACUUUUAUCUAUGCUUGAUGAGGUAGAUAGGAGGUACAAUCAUUACUGCGAGCAAAUGCAAAUGGUGGUAAACUCGUUUGAUCUAGUGAUGGGUUUCGGUGCAGCAAUUCCUUACACAGCACUUGCACAGAAGGCUAUGUCAAGACACUUCAGGUGUUUGAAGGAUGCAAUAACAGCACAAUUGAAACACAGUUGUGAACUGCUGGGAGAUAAAGAUGCCGGCACUUCAGGAUUGACUAAAGGAGAAACUCCAAGGCUUAAGAUGCUUGAACAAAGUCUGAGGCAGCAAAGAGCCUUUCACCAAAUGGGAAUGAUGGAACAAGAAGCUUGGAGACCCCAAAGAGGCUUACCUGAACGCUCUGUCAACAUUUUAAGAGCUUGGCUUUUUGAGCAUUUCCUCCACCCGUAUCCAAGCGAUGCUGAUAAGCAUCUGUUGGCAAGACAGACUGGUCUCUCAAGGAACCAGGUAUCAAACUGGUUCAUAAAUGCCAGGGUGCGGUUGUGGAAACCCAUGGUAGAAGAGAUGUAUCAACAAGAAGCCAAAGAAGAAGAGGAGGAAGAUGAUGAAAGAGAGAAUAGCCAAAACCAAAAUAGUGGCAAUAAUGCACAAACACCAACGCCUAAUAUGAGUAACUCUUCUUCUACUAAUAUGACCACAACUACGACAGCACUAGGAGCAGCUGCAGCAGCAGCAGAGACAGGAACAGCUGCCACUGCCACAACAGCAACAGCAGCAUCCACAUUAGGCAAAAGAUCCGAAAUCAAUGCCCCUGAAAACGACCCUUCACUCGUUGCAAUCAAUUCCCACAUUUCCUUCUCGGAAAACCAAGCAACUUUCCCGACCAAUAUUCAUGACUCCGACGCCGCGGCAUGCCGUCGCGGCGGCAAGUUCUUCGGUGAUGAUUAUGGGACCACCACCAACGCUGAUGUGGGAUCCACCAUGAUAAGAUUUGGGACCACUUCUGGUGAUGUGUCACUCACCUUAGGGUUACGCCAUGCAGGAAAUUUACCAGAGAAUACUCAUUUCUUUGGUUAAAUAUUUGAGGGUGAUGUUAAUUAUCCUUCCUUAAUGUAUACCAUAGUAAUUAAACCGAAUUUGCUUCUUGCCUCAUAAUUUAUGCCCUUGCUUUUAGUCAUAAUUAAGCUGCUUUAUGUUAGCAAGCUCUAUGAGAGAUUAAUUUACUGUAAUUGUAUAGUAGUAGUACGUAGUACAUUAUUUUUCCCACCAGCUUUUUGUUCUGUACCCACAUUAUCCCUUCAGGAUGUAUGAAAGCUGAUUUUGGACAAUAAAAGGAGUCCCAAUGAGACAGUAUUUUUCAUA